UAUCCUUCCGAAGUAACACAUUUUCUUCUUUUAACAUCUUCUGAGAAUUGUAGCUUAAUUAUCAAUAAAACCUUCUUUCAUUUCCUUCUCGAGAUGGGUCUGUUGCAGUCAUUCAUCUCUCUGAACAUCAUAAUCUUUCUCGUUAUUUGUUCGUCGUCUCAAAUUUAUGCCCAACAACCUUAUGAUGGAAAAGCAGCGGCUGAUUGCAAUAAAAUUAAUAAUUCAACUUCUGUUCUUGGGUAUACCUGCAAUGGUCAAAACCCGAGUUGCCAAGCUUAACUUAUAUUCAGGUCAACACCACCAUACAACACUGUUUCUUCCAUUUCUCGGCUUUUGGAUACAGAACCAUCACAGCUUUCUCGAAUAAAUUCAGUUUCAGAGACCGCAACCUUUCAGAUAAACAAGGAGGUAACUGUUCCAAUUAACUGUUCCUGUUCAGGUGAGUAUUACCAAGUAAACUCAUCUUAUGUUAUCCAAGAACGAGAUACUUACCUUCCACUUGCAAAUAUCACAUACCAAGCUUUAACAACCUGCCAAGCUAUUCAGGCUCAAAACAACAUUCCAGCUACGAAAUUAGUGCCUGGUACUAGGAUCACAGUCCCUCUUAAGUGUGCCUGUCCCACAAAAAAACAAACCGCGGAAAGUGUGAAAUACUUAUCGACUUACACAGUCAUUCCGGGUGAUGAUGUUCCACAUAUAAGCGAAAAAUUUGGUGCGGAUCCCAGGAGAACACUCGAAGCUACUGAGCUUUCUAAAGACGCUACAAUUUAUUACUCCAGUACACUUCUUGUUCCGCUGCAGAUACCACCAUCGAGUUCUCAGGUCACAGUACCAGCACCACCACCCACCUCUCUCCCCCAACCUGCUUCUUCUGUUCCUCCAUCGAAUAAAAAGAAGAAAAUAUGGGUAUAUGUUGUCAUCGGGGUAGCUACAGCAAGUGUUCUUGUGCCGGUUGUAACCGUUAUUUUCUGUGUCCGCAAAGUUAUUAAUACUAAAUGGAGAAUAUGCAAUCAUCAAAAUAACACGACAGAAACCUUUAACAGCUAUAAACAACACGAAAAAACGUCAGAAGAAGAAUCAAUUGAGUUUCUGAAAAAUAUUUCUGAUAUUGCACAACUGCUGAAAGUAUAUAACAUUAAAGAAUUAAAAUCCGCUACAGAAAAUUUCAACCCCAAUAGGCAGAUCAUGGGUACAGUUUAUCGGGGUAUCAUAAGUGGGAACUUGGCUGCAAUUAAGAAGAUGAAUGGAAACAUAACCGAGGAAUUAAAUGUACUCACAAAAAUCAACCAUUUCAAUCUGAUCAAACUUUCAGGUGUUUGUUUUAAUGAGGGUCAUUGGUAUCUUGUUUAUGAAUAUGCCGUGAAUGGAUCUUUGGACAACUGGAUAUUCUACAGCACACAGACUUUGAGCUGGACACAAAGAGUACAGAUUGCUUUAGACGUGGCUAAGGGCCUUCACUACCUCCAUAGCUGCAUCAACCCCUCCUAUGUUCACAAGGAUAUAAAAAGCAGCAAUAUUCUUCUCGAUGGUGAUUUUAGGGCCAAGAUUGCAAAUUUUGGUCUGGCAAGGUCUGCAGAAGGGUAUGAAAGCGAAUUUGCAUCAACGAGAAACAUUGUCGGGACAACAGGAUAUAUGGUACCGGAAUAUCUAGAAAAUGGUUUGGUAUCACCGAAACUUGAUGUUUACUCUUUUGGUGUUGUGCUGCUGGAAAUGAUUAGCGGUAAAGAAGCUGUUUCUGAAUCCGACAAAGAGUUGCUCCCAUCUAAGACUUUGGAAGGCAUUCUUGCCAAGGAGAACCCUGGAGAAAACAUCAAGGACUUAAUAGACCCUUCUCUUCAUGAGAAUUAUCCUCCGGAUCUUGCUCUCUCUGUUGCUAAGCUGACAGAGAGCUGCCUACAAAGGAAUCCAGAUGGUCGGCCAAGCAUGGAUGGUAUUGUCCAUUCCCUUGCAAGAUUUCUAGAUGUUUCCUUGAGUUGGGAGAUAUCAACCGGUACCUUCGAGAAGUAUAGUUCUGCAUCAAAUUCUAGUGUAACCUCUACCUGGAAGAGUUGAAUUUUAUAAGUGCCAAGUACAUGCAACAAUCUUCUCAGCGUUAUUUCACAGUAAAUUGAAUUAUUUCCUUAUCGAUUGAAAAGAGUUACACCACUUUAAGGUAUCAAGUGGAGCUGUAAGCAUUUGUCUUCAUUACAGUCUAUACUAGAGUUCAAUAC